UUGGAGAGCCGAGUGCCAGUGCUCCCGCCAAGGAGCCUGAAUUAUAGACAACAACUCGGGCUUUUUGUUUUUGACUUUUUUGCGCAGUUCGUCUGGCAUUCUAUCUACCGCCAAGUCCUUCGCCAGGAAGCCGGAAUUGAGGUAAUAAUAGAGGAAAAUGGAGACCACAGGCUAUCAGGACAUUAGUGCGCUGGAGAAAUCGGUGGCAAAUGCCGGUUCACAGCUCUAUACGAUGGCCCACAAGCUGCAUGCUGUGGAACGGAGCCUGGAACAGACAACCAUGGAACAGAUGGAUGAAAUGGAGGUGCUGGAGCUGCUCGAGUCGAUGAGCGAGGUGACCAAUGAGUACCAGAAUCUGCGCAAGGACAUUCGGGAGGUGCAGCAGUUGCAGCGUGACGUCAGCAGCUCCAUACGCUACCAGAUGCGCAGCAUGCAGCAGACAUUCCAUACGCUUAAGCAAAGGAUAGCCACCUCCCAGAAGCAGCAACAGCAGCAGCAACAACAACAAAAGCAGCAAAGUCAGCAAAAACCCUAAAUCAGAGUGGGAAUGGGAUAGUGGGCUAUAUAAUGGUAGGGAUGGAGGGGGAUAUUAAAGGACCCACCCCAUUGCCCCGCCCAGGCCGUUUAUGAAUAAUCCAUGAACUUUAUUGAUUGGCCUGGGCGCUGAAAAUGUGUCAAAGUGGUGGAGCAGGGAGGAGGGCAGAGGCAACGGGAAUGGGUUGGGGUUUGGCGAAUGGGGAAUGGGGGUUAAGAGGUCUCGGGACACCAAUCUGAAGCAAUCAACUGUGUAACUAUAUCGCUAAUACACACCACACCAAGCAUUUAGACUCGAAAUCAGAUCCUCUACUUUAUACGAUAUACUUAGAGAACUAUAAACCAAAUAACACCCGAUAUAAGCACACAACACGCACACACUUCUAGGUCUUAGGAAUAGCGUACUUUACGAUGAACCGAAUGUCUGAUGCACUUUUCCAAAAUUUGCCUUAACAUAAUCGUAUUUGAGCUAGUUUUUGAUACGACACGUUUUGAAAAUAUAACUGAUACCCUGUAAUACAAAGCAUACAUAUUAAGCUACACACAAUGGCAACCUGUUUUUGGUUAUUCUUGUGUUUGUUUCACUUUUUGGAAAUUUGUUUGUUGAACGAAAAAUAAAUAAAACGAAUA